CAAUUUGCUGCUGAUGGAAAGGUGCCCUUGGCAAGAUCAAAGCCUUCUCUUCCCCUCUAGGCUCCGCCCCCUCUCGCUUGAGCCACGCCUCCCUCGAUCUUGCGGAGAACACCUUACCAGAGGAGGAGGAUGGGCGGGGCAGGCGCCUCUCGCCCAGGCGAGACUUUGGCUCUUGCCAUUGGCUACUUUUAGCCCCAACCCACCAGCUCGUCCAAUCGCAAGCCUCGAGAUUCUACUCCGCAUUUUUCCCAGCCCGCUGAGAGCGAACCUCCUUUUUUUUUUUCCUCUCUCUCUCUCCUUUGUAAUACUUUUGGCCUUUGCCGGCUGCCGUCCGGACCAAAGCGCGAAUCCUCUCCGGCCGGGGAAAGAAACGAGGGAGCGCGCGGGUUGGCGCUCAGGAAGAACGAAGCUGCACCGGGAAGUGGGGGAGGGGGCCCGGCGGCUCCCUUCCUCCUCAGCCGCGAUGUCCGUCCUCAGCUGGAAGCCGUUCGUCUACGGGGGAUUGGCCUCGCUGGUGGCCGAAUUCGGGACCUUCCCUGUGGAUCUCACCAAAACACGACUUCAAGUCCAAGGUCAAAGCAUUGAUUCCCGUUUCCGAGAGAUCAAAUAUCGGGGCAUGUUCCAUGCCUUGUUCCGCAUCUCCAGAGAAGAAGGCAUUCUAGCAUUGUAUUCUGGCAUUGCACCGGCAUUAUUAAGACAAGCAUCUUACGGCACUAUAAAGAUUGGUAUAUACCAGAGUUUGAAACGACUUUUUGUGCACCGUUUAGAAGAUGAGACGUUAUUGAUCAAUGUCAUCUGUGGAGUGAUAUCGGGGGUGAUUUCGUCCGCUCUGGCUAAUCCAACAGAUGUCCUAAAGAUUCGAAUGCAAGCUCAGGGCAGCCUGUUCCAGGGCGGCAUGAUAGGAAGCUUCAUAGACAUCUACCAGCAAGAAGGCACGAGGGGCCUCUGGAGGGGUGUGGUUCCCACGGCUCAGCGAGCUGCCAUUGUGGUAGGAGUUGAGUUACCAGUCUAUGACAUCACCAAGAAACAUUUAAUACUUUCGGGAGUCAUGGGAGACACAAUUCUGACACAUUUUAUUUCCAGUUUUACGUGUGGACUGGCUGGUGCCGUAGCUUCCAAUCCAGUGGAUGUGGUUCGAACCCGCAUGAUGAAUCAGCGGGCCAUAGUGGGAACUGUGGAGCUGUAUAGGGGAACAAUGGACGGCCUGUUAAAGACUUGGAAAAGUGAGGGUUUCUUUGCACUUUACAAAGGUUUCUGGCCAAAUUGGUUGAGACUUGGUCCCUGGAAUAUCAUUUUUUUUAUCACCUACGAGCAGCUGAAGAGACUCCCUUUUUAAGGUGCCUGGUCAUCCAGCUACCUUUCCGUUCCUCUCCAUUCCUGCAUCUUCAUGUGGUUUUUUUUGUUUUGUCUACAUGGACUUUUGUUUUACCCUCCCAUGUGCUGAGUGCUCAGUAUUGGGAGGGUGGCUUAAGGGGGAAGGGGAGGAUGGGUCCACAAAUACAGUAUUCAGAGCCUGGUGCACGUGCUUUCCCACUCCCACGGGGGACGGUGGAACAUGGAGGGAGAGCACUUAGGUCUGUGUUUGUAUCUUCCAUGAAGAGAGCUGCAAGUUAAAAAUCCUUUUCACUGCCAUGUGGCUUUUGCAGUAGGCAAUUCUGCAAAAGGGGGCUGCUGCAGGUCUCCUUUCAUUGUCAUAUAAACCCCAUUAAACUAUUUAUUGGAAUCCAA